AUCCAGGGACUUUGAAGUGAUUUGAUAUUUCUUUUUGUUGGAAAUGCUACUUCAUAUUGCUAAAUUAAAUCGUUACUUUUAUUGGAAAUUUUCGACAGUGUCAUAACAAUUCAAUUAAAAUCUUAACUGAUUUUUCGGAAAAAAAAAUGAUUAGGCUGUUUUUUAAAUAUUUCUUGAAAACAUUUUCGUAUAAUUCGAAGUAGUCUUUUUAUUCUAGUAAUGAGAUUGUUAUGUACAUUCACCUUACCAAAAUAAUUCAUGUUAGGUAACUGGUCCAAAAAAAAAGGGUCUAGGUUCUAAGUCUUAUCAGGGAUAUUUUUCAGGUCUUAAACUGGUUUUGUUACAAAAGCUUGAAUAAUUUGUUAAAUUAUCAGAUUUUGGCAGGGUGAGUGUAAUCAUCUGGUAUUAAAAAGCUUUCAUGAUCAUACCACUUUUAGUUUACAAACUGUUUAUUUUAUAUUAAAAUAAUAAAAAAUGAAUGCAUUUUUAAAAUUUUGAUUUUAUUAGUAUAGGAUCACCUUAAGUCAUCAUUGAGUCCUAUUAUUAAGUUCCAGUUGUUUACAGCCAUCAAAAUUUUUUUAAGUCCAUCGUUGAAUUCAAUAAAAUCUGAAAUAAACUACACAUGUCCAACACGCUUUACUUUUAGUGGUACUAAAUUGAACUGCACAUAAAAUAAUAACUUCUUUAUAUUAAAGAGUCACCUCUUCUGAGAAACUUAUUGUACACUAAUCAAUGAAUUGAAAUGGAUUUUCUAUACAUGAUAACAAUUUGCUUGAAUGGAUACAUGUUUUCCUUGAAAAUGUUUUAAUACUUACAGAUAUCCUAGAGAGCCUAUAUACUCAGAGAACGGACAUACGUGUGAUCGUUUUUGAUUGGUUGUUCGAUUUUUAUGAUUUUAGACGCGAUCUUUUUGCCAAAAGUACUAACUGCGAUUAAAGUCUACUACUAAAUUUGUAUUAAAUAUUUGUAAAAGUAUGCCUGGUUGUGCUGCAGGAGGCUGCCAUAACAGGCCUGAGGAAGGAUUUAUUAUGAAAUGCUUUCCAAGAAAUGAAAAACAACGGGCGAUUUUGACUUCUAAAGUUAAACGACUUAACUGGAUAUCUACAAACACAAGCUUUUUAUGUGAAGUACACUUUGAUGCGGAUCAAUGGGAAAAAACCAGAGAAGAUGGAUCAAGAAAACUCAAACAUAAUGCAAUUUCUACUGUCUUUAAACAUGUUAGAGCAAAACAUAAGCGAAGAAAUCCACUCGAGCGUUUUCCAAUACUAAAAAAAAAGAAAAUAAGUUGUAUAGAAAGUGGAAAAGUUGUGGAAAAUGUUUUAAUUGAAGUAAAUAACAAUGAAGUAUCUGAAUCAGUUUGUACAACUGAAGUUGAUAAAAGUUUACUUAUACAAGAUUUAAAUGCGAAAUUGGAGAGAUUAGAAAAAAAAGUCAUUAAUCAAAAAAAAAAAACUAACCUUUUAAAAUCGAAAGCAAGAAUAAAUACUAUUCAAAAAUAUAAUCAUAUAAAGAGAGAUAAAUUUAGAGUUUUGAAAACAAUAUUUAAAGAAGAUCAAAUUUUAUCCUUAAGUAGAAAAAAUAUGAAAUUCAUUAAAUGGUUAAAUGAUACUAUAAAUGAAGCGUUAGAACUCAAAUUUUUUUUUUUUUUUUUUUUUUUUUUUUCACGCAAGCUUUUCGAAGUGAACAGACGCUUUUGUGCGCAGAAAAGUAUUAAAAAUUCUACUGAAUUAAAUAAAAGUUAUCGACUAGAAAAAAGUAAAUAA